AUGCCGCCACGUCUUCAUCAACCCAUUCCCCAGCUUAGGCGCGUGGUUUUCACUUUCCACGUGAUCGGAAAAGUCUUACCAAAGAUCAGCUCUCAGAGUUCUGAUAAAUGGCGUUGUCACGCCGUUAACGUUGACUGCAGACGGAGAGCUACAAUGGACGGAAUCUGGACGGCGGAAAUCGACGGUGGAAAACGAUAUCCUGAGUUUGGAUUAGGAAGUGGUAAUGGCAUGAUAAAGUCAUUGUUGGAGCCGGUUGGACUCCCUUGUAGUGCGACAAGUGCUACUAUUUCCAUUAUCCGAGGUCGUACACGUUCUUUAGAUGUGGCAACUAUCAAACAAGGAACAACCAAAUUCUUCAGCGUCUUGAUGCUUGCUUGGGGUUUAGUGGCUGAUAUAGACAUCGAGUCAGAGAAGUUCAGAUGGAUGGGCAGUGCUCGCUUUGAUGUCUAUGGUCUCCAGAGAAUAAUAUGCUUAAGGCAAUACAAUGGACGGAUCCUAUUUGUGCCAGCUCCUGGGUUUGAAAACUCUGGGAAACCAGCCAGUUGCAGUGUUGACAAAGAGCCGUUUGUUAGCGAUAAGGCACUUGGAUACCAAGGACCCGAUACAAAACUUGAAGUUAUGGAAUGGAGAGAAAUCAAAGGCCCAUUUGUUUCAGUAUGGCUUCACAAUGUUCCCUGGGGUGCUGAGAAUACUUUGGCUGCUCCUAAUGCAAAGUUUUCUGAUGGCUUCCUGGAUUUGAUCGUCAUGAAAGACUGCCCUAAGCUUGCCUUGCUAUCACUUAUGACAAAGUUGAGUGAUGGAACACAUGUUCAAUCACCAUAUGUAUCAUAUCUAAAGGUGAAGGCAUUCGUGUUGGAGCCCGGUGCACGGAUAGACGAACCAGACAAGGAAGGAAUCAUAGAUUCGGAUGGAGAAGUUUUGGCAAGGGGAAGAAGAUCGUAUAAAUGUGAUCAAAAGGCUUUGAUGUCUUACGAUAAGCUUCAAAUAACAGUUGAUCAAGGUUUAGCUACUCUCUUCUCUCCUGAAUAA